AAAAAAAGCACCCUACUCUUUUUUGGCUCUGUUCAUACAAAAAAUGAGUGAGAACAACAAUCAACAAGUCUUUGACAUCUCCAUUGAUGUGGUUCCAAAGAACAAUGGCUCCAAAUGCUUUGACGACGACGGACGGCUCAAACGAACUGGAAGUGUAUGGACCGCAAGUGCACACAUAAUAACGGCUGUGAUUGGAUCUGGGGUGCUUUCCUUGGCAUGGGCCAUUGCUCAGCUAGGAUGGAUUGCUGGUCCAUCUGUCAUGUUCUUGUUCUCCUUUGUCAGCUACUACACUUCAUGUCUCCUCUCUGACUGUUACCGUUCCGGGGACCCCCUCACCGGCAAGCGAAACUAUACUUACAUAGACGCUGUCCGCUCCAUUCUUGGUGGAGCAAGGGUCAAGGCUUGUGGGCUAAUUCAGUAUUUGAACCUUUUUGGAAUUGCCAUUGGAUAUACCAUUGCAGCAUCUGUUAGCAUGAUGGCAAUCAAGCGAUCCAAUUGCUUCCAUGAGAGUGGAGGAAAGAAGCCGUGUCAUAUGUCAAGCAACCCCUACAUGAUCUUGUUUGGCGUCACAGAAGUUUUGCUCUCUCAAAUCCCGGAUUUUGAUCAAAUAUGGUGGCUAUCAAUUGUUGCUGCUGUUAUGUCUUUCACCUAUUCUUCCAUUGGUCUUGCCCUUGGAAUUGUAAAAGUUGCAAGUCAGUCAACCGGGACUUUUAGGGGCAGCCUCACCGGCAUAAGCAUCGGAACUGUGACCGAAACUCAAAAGAUGUGGAGGAGUUUCCAAGCUCUUGGUGACAUUGCCUUUGCCUACUCAUAUUCAGUGAUUCUCAUUGAAAUUCAGGACACCAUCAAAGCCCCACCAUCAGAAGCAAAGACCAUGAAAAAGGCAACCGUGCUAAGCAUCGCGGUAACGACAACUUUCUACAUGCUUUGUGGGUGCAUGGGCUAUGCAGCUUUUGGAGACUUUGCCCCUGGAAAUCUUCUCACCGGUUUCGGCUUCUACAACCCAUUUUGGCUGCUUGACAUUGCUAAUGCCGCCAUAGUAGUCCACCUUGUUGGAGCAUAUCAAGUAUUUUGCCAACCCAUCUUUGCCUUUGUUGAGAAAUGGGCAGCACAGAGAUGGCCUGAAAGCAAGCUUAUCACCAAAGAGUUUCAAGUCCCAGUGCCUGGGCUACCCUCAUUUAAGUUAAACCUCUUUCGACUGGUUUGGAGAACAAAAUUCGUGAUGCUAACCACAAUAAUAUCAAUGCUGCUUCCCUUCUUCAAUGAUGUGGUGGGGCUACUUGGGGCAUUGGGAUUUUGGCCAUUAACUGUCUAUUUCCCAGUUGAGAUGUAUAUUGCACAGAAGCAGAUUCCAAAAUGGAGCACAAGAUGGAUUUGCCUCCAAAUGUUGAGCAUUGCUUGCCUGGUAAUUUCUCUAGUUGCUGCUGCCGGUUCAAUUGCCGGCGUCAUGCUCGACUUGAAGGUUUACCGACCAUUCAAAACCAGCUACUAAAUCUGUCACUGACUAUCCUUUGACUGUACGCAAAAGGAAAUCAGUGAAAUUCACUUCC